UCUAUAGAUGCGCCAGAACUACAGUGACCACACGGUUAACUAGUAACUUUAAAUCAAAAUCUAGUUUUCGAAAAGGUAACGAGAGAAAAGAUAAAGGAAAGCGUGAUAAACUGUGACCCAGUUUUUCACUAAGAAAGAGUUCUGCUGCAGUUUCUGGGAGUGUGGGAGGAUGUUUGUUCUUCGUCAUCAUCUUCAUCAUCUUUUUUAACUGCACAGCCAGUCAGCAGUCCGUCUCUCUCCUUCUGCUUCUCUGAGCUAUUUAUCCGCUCCCCACGCCACUUCCUGAAAUGAGGUACAUGCGUUCGUCACUUGCGUUUGCCUCGCUUACUCACCGCUCGUCUCCCAGCUCUCUCUCCCGCUGCAGGCUUCGCUAAACCACGCCCCCCUCACCACAGUUACUACUGUAAAAUAUAUGUAUUAUAGCCUACUGUUUGUUAUGCUGAAAUAGCUAUUACAGUAUGUGUACAUUAGAACAUGUGUACACAACAGUAGAUUGUUACAUACCUGUUCUCAUUUCUAAAGGUUUGAAUUAUACACAUCACUGUAAAUCGACUCAAAUUAAACUGGACUCUCUGUACAGCCUCACUCGUUCUUAAACCGUGUUUUAUCACAUGAUCAAUGACUGUGGCCAUAAUCUCAUUCGAAGCCACUCUUCUUGUUCCUCUUCCUCCCCUUAAUCCCCUUUCACUCCUCCACCUCUAAUUGGAACUCUUCCUCUUCCUCUUGCUCUCUCUCCAACUCCUCUUACUCUGUUUACAUUGUUUGCAUCCAUUGUUCAAAAGCUAUAACGUGACCCAUGGGCCUCUUCUAAAGACAUGAUUGGUUGGUGUUGAGUAAAGCAAUGUGUGUUUGCACAUGUGAUGAAUUAGUGUGGCAUUUUGAUUGGUUGUGUUUGAAAAAGGAAAUCCAUCUUCUUCCUGAAAGAUAUUUGUGUGUAACAUGGAUAAUUGUGUGUUGUGUUUUGAAAAAGUGUUUUAUGAAACUGAAAACUGACUGAAAGGUUGAGAAUUAGUGUAUAGUUUUGUGCCGAUUUGGUGUGUGGUUCUGGUGUUAGAGGGUCAGGUUUCAGAAAUUGUGUGACAAGUAAACAUUUUGUCUGUGAGCAGUAGAAAAAACUGUAAACUCUGGAUUUUGUUGCAUCCCUCUGUUUAACUAAAACCAAUUGAUUUAAUAUCAAAGACUUCUAAUUUUUCAUAAACAGUUUUUAAUCCACACCCUAGCAGAAUGCAUUUUUUAUUUUAUUUUAAACAUUCAUAUUUUAAUAUUAAUUUCACAUAUUUUGUCAGAUUUAGAAAAUUAAACAAAACAUUGAAGGCACACAUAGACUACAUUCACUUGCUCAAAUGUUUCAGCUCGUGUUUGUCAAAGAGCUUUUAGUCUAAAUGUUUCUUUUAAUACAGUGUGACCUCAUUGUAAAAAAAACUGAAUAAAACGUCGCCAGAAAGCCUUUUUCAUUUUUUGUUCGAUAUUGACUGUAAUAAAAUAAAACUUCAGCACGUGGAGCUGGAGGUGUUAAAUAUCCUAAAUCUGAGUUGUGUAGAACAUCAUCUUGAGCAUCAGUCAUCAUUUUACUCUUUCUCUUAUUCCAUAAGGCUUCUCAAGUGCAUUUUAAGUCAUUUAUUUGUUAGUUUCAAUAUCUUGACUCUCCCAUUUGUUAACUCAAUUUCUGCUUUGCAACAUGUUAUUUAUGAAAGUUCAGUGCAUUGAUGCUGAUGUUGUUGAAUGGAGAAUGGAUGUUGUGAUGUGUUUUGUCCACUAGAGGUCUGAUGAUCAUGUUUCAGAGAUCAACCAUAAACACACAUCUUAAAGGAACAGUUCACCCAAAAAUGAAGACUGACUGCUGUCCUCAAUGUUUUGUGACAUGUUCUCCUAUAAAGCUUUGACAUGAUGAUGAUGUUUGUUGUUAUGUGAUUUUCAAUCUCAAAACGUUAAAUUAUUCAUUCACUUUAUUUCUUGAGUUCCGCUCAUGUUGUUGAGAUGAAGGACACAAACUCUCAGAAAGAGGAAGAGAAUAUUCAUUAAGCAUCAAUGAGCUCAUAUGAGUGUGAAAACCACCAGCAGUCCGUCAGUUAAAAACGGCUUCACAUCUUGUUCAUUUCCUAUAUGUGCAUUGACAGAGACGCUCAUCACAGCACGGUAAGAUCAUAUUUUCAUUGUUUUAAGAAUAUAAAUCAAUCUGAGCUGUGACGGAGUGAACAUUUGUUAAAUUAAUUUAAAAUUGUAAAAUAAACUUGUUGAACUCAAUACAUGUGUUUACAUUGUUUGUGAUCAUGACUGUAGUUGUUAAAGAUGAACAUCAUGCUCAAUACACAUCAGUGUGUGAAUGAGGAGUGAAUUCUAAUGAAACAAACUAAAUGAAAUGAUGAAGAAAUGAGUGUUUGUGAUGUUCACAUGUUUAUCUCAUCUCACAUCUGUAUGUUGUGUGAUUGUAGAGGUUGCUAUGGCGAUGUGUUUCACAUUAUCUCUGAUGUUUCUGCUCAUGACUGCUGAUGUUGAUGGUUGGCAGGAAUGGGGAAGUGAAUUACAAUCCUUCAUAUGUUUGUGCAGUAAGAGGCUCAACAGUGAGAAUGUCCUGUAUUUAUCCUCCUGGUUAUUGGAUCAAAGCAUCACACUGGACCAAAACACCAGAUCAACCUGUUUCAGUGUCACCAAACCUGUGUUCUGACACAUAUUACAGAGAAAAUGUUCAGUGUCGGAGUGAGAAUAAAGAGACUUACAAAAUCACUUUAACACAUGUGACAGAAGCUGAUAAAGGCGUCUACUUCUGCAUAUUUACAGAAAGUGGAUACAGUAGAGAAUAUAGAGGGACUCCUGGAGUUCAGCUUGAUGUCACAGACCUCCAGGUGGAGACACAACAGAGAGUGAAAGAGGGAGAUUCAGUCACUCUUACAUGUAAAACCACCUGCAGACUGACUGAAGAAACAACAUUCAUCUGGUACAGAAACAGGCAGCGAUUAAGUAAAGGAGAAGUUAUAUUCAAUAAUUUCAGUCUACAGUCAGUCAGUCGUCAUGAUUCAGGAGUCUAUAGAUGUGCUAUAAGAGGAUAUGAACAUCUGUCCUCUCCUGGUGUUCAUCUCAGUGUAGAAUAUGUUGAUGGUCAGCAGGAUUGGGGAGUGAAUUACAAUCCUUCAUAUGUUUGUGCAUUAAGAGGCUCAACAGUGAGAAUGUCCUGUGAUUUAAAAUAUCCUUCUGACCAUGUGGUCAAUAAAGCCUUCUGGACAAAAGCUGUUGAAGCUGAAGAAAACCCAAACCUGUGUUUGAACCCAGAAGACAGAAGAGUUCAGUGUCACAGUGAAAAUAAAGACUCUUACAGCAUCACUUUGACACAUGUGACAGAAGCUGAUAAACACGUCUACUACUGCAGAUUUAUAACAGACAGACCAGAUGGAGUAUGGACAGGAGUUCCUGGAGUUCAGCUUGAUGUCACAGACCUCCAGGUGGAGACACAACAGAGAGUGAAAGAGGGAGAUUCAGUCACUCUUACAUGUAAAACCACCUGCAGACUGACUGAAGAAACAACAUUCAUCUGGUACAGAAACACACAGACAUUAACUGAACACACAGUGAAUGAGUUUCAUCUGCAGUCAGUCAGUCGUCAUGAUUCAGGAGUCUAUAGAUGUGCUAUAAGAGGAUCUGAAAGUCUUUACUCUCCUGGUGUUUAUCUCAAUGUUGAAUAUGUUGAUGGUCAGCAGGAUUGGGGAGUGAAUUACAAUCCUUCAUAUGUUUGUGCAUUAAGAGGCUCAACAGUGAGAAUGUCCUGUUAUAUAAAAUAUCCUCCUUACCAUGUGGUCAAAAAAGCCUUCUGGACAAAAGCUGUUGAAGCUGAAGAAAACCCAAACCUGUGUUUGAACCCAGAAGACAGAAAAGUUCAGUGUCACAGUGGUAAUAAAGACUCUUACAACAUCACUUUGACAAAAGUGACAGAAGCUGAUAAACACGUCUACUACUGCAGAUUUAUAACAAAAAAAAAAGAUGGAAAAUGGACAGGAGUUCCUGGAGUUCAGCUUGAUGUCACAGACCUCCAGGUGGAGACACAACAGAGAGUGAAAGAGGGAGAUUCAGUCACUCUUACAUGUAAAACCACCUGCAGACUGACUGAAGAAACAACAUUCAUCUGGUACAGAAACACACAGACAUUAACUGAACACACAGUGAAUGAGUUUCAUCUGCAGUCAGUCAGUCGUCAUGAUUCAGGAGUCUAUAGAUGUGCUAUAAGAGGAUCUGAACAUCUGUCCUCUCCUGGUGUUCAUCUCAGUGUAGAAUAUCCUCCAGAGAAAACCUCAGUGUCCAUCAGUUCUUCUGGUGUAAUAGUGGAGGGUGAUUCAGUGAAUCUGACCUGCAGCAGUGAAUCAAAUCCACCUGUUCACAUCUACAGCUGGUUUAAAGAGAAUCAAACAUCAUCUGUUGGAUCUGGACAGACGUACAGCAUCACAAGUGUCAGAUCAGAUCACAGUGGAGAUUACAAGUGCAAGACCAGAAAUAAACAUGGAGAGAAAUAUUCAGAAGCUGUGACGCUGAAUGUCAUGUAUGCACCGAGGGAUGUCUCAGUGUCCAUCAAUUCUUCUGGUGUAAUAGUGGAGGGUGAUUCAGUGAAUCUGACCUGCAGCAGUGAAUCAAAUCCACCUGUUCACAUCUACAGCUGGUUUAAAGAGAAUCAAAGAUCAUCUGUUGGAUCUGGACAGACGUUCAGCAUCACUAACAUUAAUUCUAGUCUCAGUGGAUGGUUUUACUGUGUGGCUCAGAAUAAACAUGGAUCUCAGAGAUCAGCUGCUGUAUCACUCACUAUAACAGGAGUUCAGGGUUCUGCUCUGUACACAGUUUCUGGUAUUGUGGCAGGAUGUGGAGGAUUGUUCUUCAUCAUCAUCUUCAUCAUCCUGUUUAUUAAGAAGAGGAGGACUGAUAGUAGAGCAGAACACAUGAAUCAGAAACAGACGGCUGACUGGAGUGAUGAUACAUACACAGCUCUGAAUCCUGUGUCCAGAACAUCUGCAGACAUUUACAACACAAUCAGAUCGGAUCAGUGCAGGGCUGCUGAUGACGUCUACACGACUCUUGAGCUUCAGUCCAGAUCUUCUGAAUAUGAUACAAUAGCAGUAAACACACAUUAAACUCUCUCUCGCUCUGACAGUGAGAGCUCUAGUCUGACUGGAAUGAUGUUAUUUCUUUAUUCGUUACUAUUAGUUAAUAUCAAGCUAAUAAUACUUUUCUAUUAUUUAGUCAGUAAGCCAUUUAAUCACUAAGAUUACGAUUUUAAUUUAGCUCAUUGGUAAACAUUUGAUGUAUGAAUUUAAAGCAGUAAUGUUAAUAAAGUAUUUUCUCUAUUGAA